AUGCAUUUUCGACCACUUGGGGCAUUGGCGGCACUUGCCCUCUGUGUUGGAGAGGCCGCAGCCGCAUGCCCGUACCAACACCAAAUAUCGGAAUCCCUGCGCCGCAACGUCCACGAGUAUCCAAGAACCCCCGAAGCGUCGGAAAAGAAGGGUAUCUUCUAUAUGAACCGCAUCUCCCCUGGAAACUCUCGUCUCUAUAUCGCCAACUCCGAUGGCAGCAAUGUCAAACCGCUUGAGAGCAACAGCACGGCUGGCUUUGAUCUACAUCCCUCGUGGUCUGCCAGUGGAGAAUGGAUUGUGUUCACAAGCGAACGACGCGCCGAUGGGCAGGCUGACAUCUACCGCAUCAAGCCCGAUGGUACGAAUAUUGAGCCUUUAGUCCACACUGAUUCAUUCGAAGAUGCGGGAACGUUAUCACCGGAUGGCAAUUACUUGGCCUAUGUGUCUACAUUUGGAAACUUCACCGCAAACAUUUGGGUCAAGGAUUUGAAGACCGGUAGCAUGCGCAACUUGACAGACACAGCAGCCACACGGGGUGACCGCACAAGUCCCCAGGGGCAUUUUCGGCCAGCCUGGUCGCCCGAUUCACAAUGGGUUGCCUUCAGCUCCGAUCGCAACACUGAUUGGACUGGUCAUAGCAACGGAACUGGCUGGGAACAUACUCAAACACUCUCAAUUUAUGUAAUUCGGCGAGAUGGCACUGAUUUCCGCCGCGUUGUGAGUAAAGCUGGAUACUCGCUAGGCACGCCCCAAUGGUCACCGGAUGGGAGCCGUAUCCUUUUCAAUGAAGUUCUUACUGAAGACACGUAUAAUUCGCACGGCAUCUCAAACUCAGUGGCUUCUGUUACUGGCCAGAUCUACAGCGUUGAUUUUAAAACUGGUCGUGAUCUUGUGCAACAUACUUCGGGUAUUGGCAUGAAGGUUGGUCAACACUUUAUCGGGAACAGCAGCAAUAUCGGUUAUUUGAUUAAGGGUGGAGACAAUCAAGGUGUUCAUUAUACCGCACCUGAUUCAAUCCACAAGGCAUUCAACUUCACCUAUUUACGUGAUCCUACUUGGUCACCAGAUGGUACCAAGCUUGUUUUUGAGGUGUUGACAUGGGAUAUCCGUGCGGCUGGCAAAAAGCUGUUCAACUUCGAUGAUGACUGGGAGUAUCGCUUCAUUGACACUUUCCCAUUGAUGAACAGCGCAACUGGGCGGAUAGCAGUGACUGAGAAGCAACUGGGGAAUUCAUCAGUCGUUACGUCUAAUGGCAAACUAUCCGAUAAAAUUGAUUCAUUCGACGUGUACGAUGUUUGGUCAAGCCGCAAUGAGACCGACGAGGAAUGGGUAACAACAGGUACUGGCGGUGCAUUCCAACCAACAUGGAACCAAGAUGGAUCCCAAAUCGCAGUGGGCCUUGGUGUUUGGUUUUCUGGUCGUAACGAGGAUCCGGGCACGAUCUACUUGGCUAAUGCGACCGGUGAUGGAUUUAAAGAUAUCACCAAAACACCAGCUAAUCUCAAUGCCGGCUUUCCAUCAUUCUCACCUAAUGGCACUAAGCUUGUUUACCGGUUAUGGGACGUGGUUAACAAUUCCCCAUUGGGUCUUCGGAUUUUGGACCUCGCGACAAAGCAAACUACGAAUUUGACUAUGGGUUGGGAUAAUACGCCAGGUUGGUCACCGGACGGAGAGCGUAUUGUUUUCACUCGUCAAGUCAAUUGGACUGCGGAGUAUGGCAGCCGUUGGUAUUCCGACCGCUUCGAUAUUAUGACUAUUAAACCUGAUGGAAGUGAUUUGACUCGUGUCACUGAUAGUUUGGCUAAUGAUGCGCAUGCGGUAUGGUCUUAUGAUGGUCGCAUUCUUUGGAGUAGUGGCAUGUACGGAUUUCGUGACGAAUGUGUUCUCUAUGAUGAUACGUUCCAGCCAUAUGGGCAGAUCAUGGUGAUGAAUGCUGAUGGGUCGAAUAAGACUCUACUAACUGACAGCAUGUGGGAAGACUCCAUGCCCAUGUACUAUCCAAAACAAAAUUAA